AUGUCUCAGGAUCUUCGCACUCAAGACAACUCAGCCAAGUAUGACGAGCUGGAUGAUUAUGUGAAGUACAAGGUACGAAAGGCACUGGAGCUAUACAGUGGGGCAGGUGCAGACGCAGCGAUCAAUUACUUUGUCGCCAAUGGCGUUAAGGAUGAGGAGGUCGCGAAGCGCACUUUGCCCGACUACACUUCCUCUCUAGAGAAGUUCGAAGAGGGUCUUCUCAGGGUCAUUGUGGAUGAAAAGGAGCUUUUUGACGAGUUUAGCAAGACUGUCCCCGUUAUGGCGGAUAACUUUUUCCUAAUGAAGGAUUGGGAGAGAGAGAUGGCACUGGAUUGUGCCAAGUUGGCAGACGAGGGGGACUAUGAUGGUGCGAUGAACACCUUUUUCGAGACAUUGAGGAAGCAUAAUGAGAAAACCGAUGAGGACGAAUGGAGACGGUCAUUCAGCCAUAAUAUGAGCUCUCCAGUGCUUUUUAAGCUCUGCUUGAUGAAGCACUUUGAAUUCCUGAGCUUCAACAAGAAGAUGAAGAUGUUCAUGGGCUAG